CCUGAAGGGACAAGCACGCCUUUUGAGAUGUUUUAUUAAGUAAAGGAGCUACAGGACGAGGUUAGUGUGCUAUAGAUCAUCAGAGGUUGUGAAAGAGACCUGGAUCUUCUCUGAGAUCCUCUGGCUUUGAGAAACCAUGGAGAUGCCUUCAGUGUUUGACAAAGAACCUUUCCAGAUAUGCUGCAGAUAUUAAGUCACUGCCACCCAACAUAAAGGAUAAACUGAUUAAAUUAAUGAGUAGGCAAGGGCAAAUAACUGAUUCAAAUAUCAGUGAGGUACUGCACCCUGCUGUCGAGUCUCUAGACCUCCGAGACUGUGAUAUUUCAGAUAAUGCGUUACUGCAGCUUUACAACUGCAAGCAGCUGAAAAAAAUCAACUUGAAUUCUUGCAAGGAAAACAGAUUUGGAAUCACUUCAGAAGGUGUCAUAGCACUGGCCUUAUCCUGCCCUUACCUGCAAGAAGCAUCUUUUAAAAGGUGCUGUGAUAUAACUGACAGUGGAAUUCUUGCUCUUGCACUCAACUGCCAAUUCCUACAAAUAGUGAACUUGGGCAGCUGUUCAGGCAUCAUGGAUGCAUCUCUGCAGGCACUAGGAGAAAACUGCAAGUUUCUUCACAGUGUGGACUUUUCAUCUACUCAGGUAACAGAUGAUGGCGUUGUAGCACUAGUGAGUGGAACAUGUUCGAAGAAUUUAAAGGAGAUCCACAUGGAGCGCUGUGUGAACCUGACUGACGUCGCCGUGGAAGCCGUCCUUAAUUGUUGUCCGAAGAUACACAUUUUUCUGUUCCAUGGAUGCCCACUGAUAACAGAUCGUUCCCGAGAUGUUUUAGAGGAGCUCAUCAUAUCAAACAAAAUCAAGCAAGUCACAUGGACUGUUUACUGAUUAUUUAUCCUGUACAAAUGAGUGUCAAGUUUACAGAUGGGAGAGCCCUUUCAGCAAGCAAGCACCUUGGAGAACCAGCUGGUGACUUUUGUACCACCAGAUUGUGUCCCUCCUGGUUCCCACUGGAGGUCUCUGUUGCUAUUCCAGUCCUUGCCUGUGAGUCUGGGCUUCCCCAUUGUCUCUGCUUGGAGCCCUGUCUCUCUUUGCAUCGCUGAUGAUACUUCAUUAAGAGGAAAGUUAAACUGUAAUUAACACUACACUGAGCCAUAGCUCAGCCUCCUUGAAGUAUGAGGCUUGGCUGCUCCUUGGCAUCCUUUAGCAACUUAGCUACAUGUACAGACCCACUUUAAGUAACUCUGAGUUUGUAGGCUGGGAAGGUACUUGCAACUAAAAGUACCAAGCCUAAACACAUCAUUGACACUCACACAGAAGUGUCUGUAAAGUUGGCAGUUAAAUCUGACAAAAGUCAUCAGACAGAACAGGUGAAUGAAUGGAGGUGGCAUUAAGAGCAAUACAAAUGUAUUUUUAGUAGUAACAAACAAUCUCCUUUCACCAUGUACUUCUGCUAGAUCUGGAAUGAAAAAUGUAGGUACCUUUCUUCUGAUGUUACUGAUGCUGCAGAUUUCUGGUUUUACUUACCAUCAAAUACUUGCUGGCUUUUUAUGUAUCCAAAGCUACAGUCUGUAAAUGUGUGAACAUAAACUUGCUUUGGAAUUGUUAUGGUGACUUUACAAAUUUCAGAGUAGUAGCUAUGACCAGUAAAAGAGUUUUGUAUAUGGGCAAAUACUUAAUUUGCUCUGGCUUUUGCCUAUGUUUCUACAUGAAAAUCCUUUUAGGGAACAAAACAUUGGUACUCAUAAGCAUAGCUGUGAGUGAAAUAGGACCAAAUUUUGUGUCUCAGUAUAUAAAUCUCAGGAUGGUAGAGUUCAGUAGAGUAUGUGUUCUGCUGUAUGCGGUUUAUUAUAUAUCCAGGGCCCCCCAGAAGCUGAAAAUAACAAUAAAUGUAUUGUUUAAUUAUAGUAAUAUUAAAGAAAAAAAUUUUGAAUUGUAGAAUGAGUUUAUUACAUGAUGGAGCAGUGGUCUCAUCACAGUUACAAGUCGUGUUCAUUGGCUUUCUUGAACCAGCAUAAUCUCUCAUGAGAAUUCUAUGAUUUCUGCAUUAAACUUCUUAAAAUGCUAGCAAUUUUAGCAUUGUACAGGGCAUGGAGCACACUAGGUUGAUACUCUGUAUGUGGAAGUAGAAGGGUUUAGCUAGGGUGGUCUUAGAUGAAUCUGAGGACAUUUGGAAACUUAUGAGUUUAGGCAACUAUGAUGAAUAUGUUUACUUUAAAAUUUAACACCUGUCAUAGCCACACUUAUUUUAAGUGUUGCAGAAAUAAACCAGUCUUCUACUAAUCUAUUCAAAGUUCAAGUCAAAUUGCAUGGAAGAUACAUGUUGCAGCCAAUAUUAAAGGAUAUUAUGAUGUCUGA